AUGGACGCGGUGUACAUCGCGCUGGAGCUGCUGAUCGCCGUGCUGUCCAUCCUGGGCAACGUGCUGGUGUGCGCGGCCGUGGGCAGCAACAGCACGCUCAAGACGGCCACCAACUACUUCCUGGUCUCGCUGGCCGUGGCCGACGUGGCCGUGGGGCUGCUGGCCAUCCCCUUCGCCGUCACCAUCAGCGUGGGGCUCAAGACGGACUUCCACUGGUGCCUCUUCCUGGCCUGCUUCGUCCUGGUCCUCACCCAGAGCUCCAUCUUCAGCCUGCUGGCCGUGGCCGUGGACCGGUACGUGGCCAUCCGCAUCCCGCUCAGAUACAAGAGCCUCGUGACGGGGAAGCGAGCCCAGGGCCUCAUCGCCGUCCUCUGGAUCCUCUCGUUCGGCAUCGGCCUGACGCCGCUGAUGGGCUGGAACCGCUGGGAGUCGGUGGCCACGAACUGCUCGAACCAGACGGGGCCCGCCCCGCUGCUGCAGCGGGGCCCCGGGGGCUGCGUGGUCGAGUGCCUCUUCGAGAACGUGGUCACCAUGAGCUACAUGGUGUACUUCAACUUUUUCGGCUGCGUGCUGCUGCCGCUGCUCGCCAUGCUGGUCAUCUACGUCAAGAUCUUCGCGGUGGCCUGCAAGCAGCUGCGGCAGAUGGAGCUGCUCGGGAACUCCCGCACGACGCUGCAGAAGGAGGUGAACGCCGCCAAGUCGCUGGCCAUCAUCGUGGGCUUCUUCGUCCUGUGCUGGCUGCCGCUCCACGUCCUGAACUGCCUCAACCUCUUCCUCCCGAACUUUGCCAAGAGCAAGCCCUCCUGGGUCAUGAACAUGUCCAUCAUCCUGUCGCACGCGAACUCGGUCAUCAACCCCAUCAUCUAUGCCUACAGGAUCCGGGACUUCCGGUACACCUUCCGCAAGAUCCUCCGGCGGUACGUCCUCUGCAAGGCCGAGGACUUCCCCAGGUACCCCAAGGGGGCCGGCAGCAGCCGGCACCUGGCCGUGAGCAACAUCAGCACCUCGCCGGCCUGCCUCUGAGGACUGCCGCCGCCGCCCCUCACUAGGCCGGGGGGUGGCCGCGGCCGGGGCCUGCUGGGAAAUUCUGCGCAGCCGUGGUUCGGCGACACAAAUGGCAUUGGGGGAGCUGGACAGGCGACUUCGGAGGAACUUUACGAUGCUCAGAAUGCUGCAGUUCUAUGAAAUAUGAUGAAAUAUAUAUUUAUAUAUAUAUAUAAAAUAUUAUAUAUUGUGUGUUUGGGGUUUGGUUUGCCCUUUUUAAAGUAUCAGUCCUCAUAGAGGAACUCUUCACUCCAUGUCCAUGCUGUCUGAGCCCUUUGAAGAUCAAUUUUUGGAAGGGAUAGCGUUUUUUUUUUCUUCCAACAUCUUUAUUUACAAAAGCACAUUGUAUGCUUGCCUCCUUAACAAGGGCAGGUCUUCCAACAGCGCUGCUUUCUCUCCCAUAGUUUUUUUUUUUUUUUUUUUUUGACGGCGGUGGGGGGGGGAAUGGGCUGGAGGAUGGUCUUUUGUUUUUAUGCAUUGUUCAAAGGAAGAAUCAAGAGGAGGGAAAAUGGGAGCUGUGGAAUGUGGAGUUUUUUUACCUGUACGCUAACUGCUAGUUUCGAAUAAUGACAUGCUUUCUCUCCCAACCCACAUUUUUUUAAUUUAAAUUUGUCAUCAGUUGUUUGAUGCUGCUGCUAUUCUCAAAUGGGAAAUCCUUUUAGGUUGGCCAGUUAAAGUUGUGUUUUUUAAAAAAAAACAAGCACCACAAAACACUGGCAAGGAAGGGAAAUUGGUGGCCUUUAACCGAAUAAUGGGUUUUAAUUUGGAAAGGAGAGGCGGGUUAAAGCAAUUUCUUUCCUUUUCAGAUUAUUUUUUUUUAAUAAAGAAGAGUUGCUG